AUGGUCAAACAAAAGCUAAAAUGGAUGAAUGCUGACAAGACAUUAGGUCAGAUCCGGGGUAUCCAGCCUGGCGACAUGUUCAAACUUAGGUUACAGCUUCAAAUGGUAGGUCUUCAUUGCCAACUACUUAAUGGUAUAGAUUACACCAGCAUUGAUGGAAAGAAUCUUGCUAUAAGUAUAGUUGACUCUCAUCGUUACUCAAACCAAAGUCAAUCUUGUGAUGUGCUUACUUAUUGUGGUGAAGGUGGUGGGGCCGGGUUCUUAGGGUCUAAGCCACAGGUGGCACCUGAUGAUCAAAAACUUGAAAGGGGUAAUCUUGCUUUGAAGAACAGUAUGAUUAAGAAAAGUCCUGUUAGGGUGAUUAGGAAACUUGUUGGAGUUGGACUGAAGAACAAUGAAGUGUUUGUGUAUGAUGGGUUGUAUACUGUGAAGCAUUGUAAACAUAAAAGAGGUUCAGAAGGGAAUAUGAUGUUCAUGUUUGAACUGCAUAGAAUGCCUGGUCAACCUCAAGUUCAUAAAAGGGUCAAUGCUAUACCAGGUGAUGUCACUUCACCCCAUCAUUCCACCUUUCAAAUGCUUUAG